ACGUGGUCUCCAUACUGUUUAUUAUCAUGAUAUCAUCAGUGGUAACUACAACCAGUCUACAACCCCGAGAAGUGGCAGCUCCGGGCAGUGACAUCACCCUUAGCUGCUCUUUCCCUCCGUCUAAAAACCUGAACCUCAACCACCUGUUCGUCAACUGGCAGCGUGGAGAAUCAGAGGUGGUCCACAGCUAUUACUAUGGGAGAGAUCAGCUGGAAAGACAGAGUGGUGUUUACAAGGGACGCACUCAUCUGUUUGAAGACCAAAUCGCUGUGGGAAAUGCCUCACUUAGACUGAGUGGUGUGCAGCCGAGUGACCAGGGCCAAUACACCUGUCAUGUGACAGAUGAACAAGGAAGCACCCAGGAAAAUCUACAACUUCUAGUGGCAGCCCCUUAUGAUGAGCCCAGGAUGUCCGUCCAAGCCACUUGUGACGGCUUUGUUGUCACUCUCCGUGCCUCUCAGGGGUUUCCCCAGCCAGAGGUACUGUGGGGAGGUGUGAUGGGCAGUAACACCACUAUGGAGUUGGACAGCACUGGGCGCUAUGAGCUGGAGAGUGAGGUGACCCUGAGGUUGAACAGCACUCUGACUGUUACAGCAGAUCUGAAACUGAGGGUUCUGGACCAGAGUUUCACCAAGUCUCUCACACUCCACCCACCACCAGUGUGCUGUGUGAUGCCUGCUGAGCAGAGGAGCAGAUUGUUGAUGUAUCCCCUGCUACUAAUGCUGCUGGGAUUGGUGCUCCUGUUAUCCAAGAAGAGGUCUGAGCAGGAGACCUAAAAGCCUGCUGCUAAUGCUGCUGGGAUUGGUGCUCCUGUUAUCCAGGAAGUGGUCUGACCAGGAGACCAAAAAGGAUAAGAAAACAGAAAAAUAGAAUGACCUUCAGUCCAUGGUCACUCAACAGGCUUUAUGCCAGAGCAACUAUCAUUGCUUGUUUACAAAGAAAUAACAUAAAGGGAGGACAGCCUUUUAGACUAAAGUCCAUUUUCAUGGAAAGUAAUUUUGUAAAAUCAGAACUACAAUACAUUAUACACAAAGUUCAACACAAUACAGUUGACACACUCACUAUAGGACAGUGGGAGUUUCACGUCACACCACUAGAUGGUCAUAUGUACCUCUACUCCAAAUCUGGUUCCUCUUAAGGUUUCUUCCUUGUAGGGAGUUUUUGCUUGCUGCAACUUUCUCAGGGGUUUAGCUCAGGUUACUGUGUAAAUCACCUUUACAUCCGCAGUUUUCUUACUGGGCUUAAUAAAUAAAAUGUAUUUAAUAAUAUAUAAUAAUAAUAUGCCAUUUAGCAGACGCUUUUAUCCA